ACAACGUUGUCAGCUUUAGCCUUACUCAGCUUCAGUUCACACAGGAAAACUGCCUUCAAACGUGCUUUAAGAAAAAUAGUUUUUUCUAUCUUUUUUUAGUAAUUUCUACGCUUUUCCAGUCGUUUUUACAUACAAUAUGGCUGGUCUAGCAGCAAAAGCCAAAACAUUUGCUAACACCGUUAAGGCUCAGGCUCGUCCGAUGUUUGAUGAAUUCAUGAGCUAUGCCAAGGUGGAAUUGACGCCGCCAACUCCAGCAGAUUUUAAAGCGCUGCGCAAGACAGCUGAGAAUGCAAAGAAAGUGGCGAAAGAAUCGUCGAAGGGAAUUAGUAAGAAGACCGUCUCUGAAGUCUGGCUAAAUACUUUGGUCACCAUCGAGGUUAUCACUUGGUUCUUUAUGGGUGAGGUCAUUGGUCGACGUCAUUUUGUAGGCUACAAAGUCUAAAGAGAUGAAAGCAGACCAUAUCAACUAGUUACAAUAACAUAUACAAUAGAAAUAUAUAUAUAUAUUUUAAUGUUCCCAAACAUCAAAUAAAGCUGCAGCAUUCACGGAUCAUA